GGCAUAUGCAUCUUUCUUGACAAUCUGACCACCGGAAUUGUAUUUAUCGGUGGCCGGCCCGUCGACAAGAUAAAAGAAUAGAUGGCUGACUUUUUCGUGGUCGGAUUGUAGUGGCGCAGCGCAGACGGUGGAUCCUGAGGUGGAGCCGGAGAGUGCGGAGAAGAAAGAAGGAAUUGGAAUUGGAAUGGAAUUGGAAUGGAAUGGAGAUUUGGGUUUUAUGGGCAUUUAAUAUGAUGAUGUGGAAGGUUCUUUCUCGGGGGCGUUAAUAUCUUCCAACCCCCCUCUCCAUUACCAUAUGCGCGCAGUAGUAGUAUUUAUUACAUGGACAGAGUUAGUUGACCUUCUUUAAGUGAUUAGGGUUCUUUUAUUAUACAACAACAACAACUCUCUCCUGCCGGCCGGCUCAAUUUCCAUUUCUUUUUCCCUAAUCCAUUCGAUCAUGUCGAUUCCCCCUUAUGCUGCGCCAUUCACUUUGGAACGGUCCAAGAGUUAUCUUUUAGUUGGUUAACUGCAACUCAGUUGAUGUUUGCCUCACAGCUUUUAAGAAUUCUCCAAACAGUUCCGUCUCAAGUAAAUAAUGAAACCCGUGCUUCGGACUUGGACCCGAUGGGGCAAAUCAUGAAGGAUAACGGGAAUAGAUUCCAAAGCAAUACAAAUAUCUAUGAGAAUGAUAGUGAUAGCGAUAAGGCCAUUCCUAUAAGAGAGCAAAAGGAGGAAGAGGAUGUAGGACCUAUAAGAGAGAAGGAGUGUGCUAUAGCACCUUUAGGGUCUAAGUUAAUAAAGCAAGAAGCUUUUUUAAACACUCCAGAACUUGAACAUAGUGUGAUUGAAGAAGUUUUCAUCAGUGAUGGAAAGUACUCAAGGGGACAAAAUGAAGCAAGAGAAAUGGAUCCGUCCCGAAGUGAUGAAAACGAAUCAAGUACGAAAGUUCAAUUGAGGGAUUCUGUUGUCCCUGAUGGAAAUAAUCCUUUCAUUGGAACUGGAUUAUUUGAGAAUAAAACUGAUCUAUAUGUUGAAAAAGACAUUCCUGGAUGUGAGCUACCAGAAUUGGUAGUUUGCUACAAAGAUAGUACCUCUUAUGGUGUAAAAGACAUCUGUGUACGUAUUGAGGAUUCUUCUAAGGACCAAAACUCGAUUGAAACAGGUGAUGAGAAUACAGUCCUCCAGAGUCUCACCCCUCUAGGCGAUGAUAACAAGAAUCUAACCCCUUUGAAUUCUUCAUUAUCAAAUAAUCAAGCCGUUGAUACUGAUGAGAGUGGCACCAAAGAAAAGAUGGACGACAUUUGUACACCAGAAAGUGAUUUUGGCACAAGUACUGCUGAAGUCCGUUGUUCUUCAAAUCCAUUUGUUGAAGAUGUCGCUGACAUGUCAGGGGAGAUGAUUUCGCAAGAAGGCACAUAUUUCUUGGAAGAAUUUGGUAAACAGAAAUCUCUCAACCCGUUCCUUGAUUCUGUUGACUCCAAUGGUGAUGAUGUUGAAUUGCAGUCUGAUCAGGUUCGCUACUCUGAAGCAACAAGUGAAAGUGGAAGGACUAGCCCUGUCAAUAAACUGUCUUACAACAGCAAAGUUGAGAAAUCAACUAUCAUUUUCGAUUUCAAUUCUAAAGCAGGAGGAGGAGGAGGAGGAAGUGGAUCUCGAAGCCCUGACAAUCAUCUAAAGGCUCAGAGGACUGGCGUAGACGGUUCUCACCAAGUUCCAACUGACUUGAACCAUGUACGAGGUGGUGAUCGUGGGGAGUCAAGUUUUGGGAUGAAUGGUUCAGUUUCAGGUCUAAUAACAUACACUGGGUCAAUAGCGAAUUCCUGUAACACCUCUCUUCGAUCUGAUAGCAGUGCCACAAGCACUAGAUCAUUCGCCUUCCCAAUAUUAAAUGCUGAAUGGAACAGCAGCCCAAUUAGAAUGGCAAAGGGUGACAAAAGACUUCUCAGAAAACACAAGGGCUGGAGACAGGGACUUCUUUGCUGUAGAUUCUGAUCACUUCAAUCAUACUACUACCUUUUUUCGGCUUCUUAGAGAGGUUACUAUUAUUUGUUUUCAUCUGACGGUUGUGGGCAAGACCAUGUCCUGUAGAUAUAGUUAUAGAGAUCCAUUGUUUUUCUUUUCAAGUAUAAGCGUUUUGGAGGUGUGAUGUGUGCAACGGUUAAAGAGAUGGUUAUUUUUUCAUUUAUUUUAUCUCUGGAAAUUUGAUAUUUGUUGUUGAU